AUGCCCCACACCAACUCAAAAAUUAAAACAAACCACCCCAUCUUCAGCAUUUCUGAGUCACAAACCACAAAUAUGCAGAACCUCAGUUUCCUCUACCUAACCAUCAUUUCCCUCUCUCUCAUCCUCUUCUACAGCACAAACAACAUCAUCUUAGUCCAAGCCCUGACCUCACCCUCAGACAUUGCAGCCCUCAAGGCCUUGAAGGCCUCAAUCAAACCUGGGUCCAUCCCAGCCUGGUCUUGCCUCGGCUCAUGGAACUUCACCACCGACCCGUGCUCACUCCCUCGCCGCAGUAGCUUCCUCUGCGGCCUCACCUGCACCCCUGACUCCACAAGAAUCAACCAAAUCACUCUCGACCCAGCAGGGUAUUCAGGCACACUCACCCCACUAAUCUCUCAACUCACACAACUCAUCACACUUGACCUCUCCGAAAACAACUUCUUCGGCUCAAUCCCCUCUUCAAUCUCCUCACUCUCAAACCUCCAAACCUUAUCCUUCCGAUCCAAUUACUUCUCAGGCCCAAUCCCUUCCUCCAUAACCACCUUAAAAUCACUCCAAUCUCUUGACUUUUCACAUAAUUCUCUUUCUGGGUCUCUCCCAAACUCGAUGAACUCCCUCACCACACUCCGUAGACUCGAUCUCAGCUUCAACAACCUAACCGGUUCAAUCCCCAAACUCCCACCCAACUUGCACGAACUCGCGAUCAAGGCCAAUUCUCUAAAUGGGCCUCUCCAGGAACAGAACUUUGAAGGGAUGAACCAGUUAGAAGUGGUGGAGCUAAGCAAGAACGCGCUCACCGGAACAGUGGAAUCGUGGUUCUUCUCAUUACCGUCACUGCAGCAAGUGAACUUGGCCAACAACACCAUCACGGGGGUACAGAUCUCGCGACCACGCGCGGCGCGUGGGGGAACCGGAAGCAGCAGCAACCUCGUCUCGCUCGACCUCGGGUUUAACAGAAUCCAAGGCUACGCGCCCGCUAAUCUCUCCGCAUUUCCCGCGCUGUCGUUCUUGUCGAUUCGCCACAACGCGCUUCGUGGCGCGAUCCCUCCCGGGUACGGCCAGAUCAAGUCCUUAACGAGGGUGUUCCUCGACGGAAACUUCCUCACCGGAAAGCCGCCGCCGGGGCUUAUCGCCACCAGCAGGGAGAUUUACGGCAGUCUUGGCGACAAUUGUCUGAAUUCAUGUCCAAAUUCGUCUUAUCUGUGCUGGCCCGCACAGAAACCAAUCUCAGUUUGCAAGCAAGCCUACUACAGGGAUAGACCAACACCGUAA